AUGUAUUUAAAAAGACAUAGUGCUACGCGGAAACAUUUAAAGCCAAGGAUAUCGUCGUCGGGAAAAAUAGAACUGUUAUUAUUUGCUGGCAUACACAGCGCUCCGUCACGUCUUGAUCGGAGAAAUGCCAUGCGUGAAACAUGGAUGAAAGAAUGUCAAUCGAAUCCUAAUGCCGUUUGUCGUUUCUUCACCGACGGACAAGAGCCAAAUGGACAAGCGUUGCAAGGAGAGAAGAGAAUUAAACUUGAAAACGAGAGACGUGUUCAUGAAGAUCUUCUACUAACUGAAGUUCCCGGUGGGGUUAAUUUUGCCGUAAAAUAUCUUUGGAUGCUGCAAUGGGCGAAGGAAAGAUACGACUUUCAAUACUUUCUUCGCCUUGAUGACGAUUAUUUCAUUUGCUUUGAUAAGCUGAUGCUGGAAUUAGAAAUUAUUCGACCAAGGGAGAAAUUUCAAUGGGGCUGGCUGCAUUGUGACCGUAAAG